AUGGGGAAGGUAAGAUCAAAGAUCACUUUUUAUGAGGAGAAGAAAUUCCAGGGUCGCUGCUACAACUGCAGCAGCGACUGUGCAGACCUGCACACUCACUUCAGCCGCUGCAACUCCAUCCGGGUGGAGAGCGGCGUUUGGGUGAUUUAUGAAAGGCCCGGCUACAAAGGUUUCCAGUACAUCCUCAGCCCAGGGGAGUAUGCUGACAACCAGCAGUGGAUGGCCUUCAGUGACAGCGUCAAAGCCUGCCGUGCUGUGAAGAACAUUUACGGUAGUUCCUGGAAGCUGAGACUCUAUGAGAGACCUGAUUUUGAAGGGCAGGUGGUAGACUGCACCGAUGACGACCCCUCAGCAUAUGACACCCACAAGAUGCGCGAGGCCUACUCCUGCGUGGUGACAGAUGGCGCCUGGGUGCUAUACGACCUCCCAAACUACAGAGGGCACCAGUACCUGCUGGAGAGAGGAGAAUACCGGCAGCACAGCGACUGGGGGGCAUCUUCGCCUGGUAUCGGCUCCUUCCGCAGGAUCACAGAGUUUUAA